GAGGACCCGCCGCGGCACGUCCCCUCGGGUCCUUGAGGCUGAGUGGACGGCGCAGCCAUGGCCUUGAGGCUCCUGACCCUGGCGCCGGCCUGCUUGUCUGUGGGCAGCCUCGUGGCCGGUGCCCAGAGCAUGGGACAAAUUCAUACCAGCGUACAGACCAAGCUGCGAUAUGGGGCUUUGGCGAACCUUCUUGGUGACAAGGCGUCCAGAAAACUGACAAAAGGAAGCAAAGUGAUAACUGUAGACGGCAACUUAUGUACUGGGAAGGGCAGGGUCGCAAAAACAAUAGCAGAGAGUUUAGGCCUGAAGCACUUUCCAGAAGCAGGGGUCCAUUACAUAUCCAGCAUCUCAGGAGAUGGGAAACCCUUGGAUGAGGAGCUCACUGGCAGUUGUAGUCUGGAGAAGUUUUAUGAUAACCCGCACAGCAAUGAUGGCAACAGCUACCGCUUGCAGUCUUGGCUGUACUGCAAUCGCCUCGUGCAGUAUGCAGAUGCCCUGGAGCACCUGCUGAGCACGGGACAAGGUGUGGUCUUGGAGCGCUCCAUCUACAGCGAUUUUGUCUUCCUGGAGGCAAUGUAUAACCAGGGCUACAUUCGGAAGCAGUGUGUGGACCACUAUAAUGAGGUGAAGAAACUCACUGCCCCGGAGUACCUGCCUCCCCAUGUGGUGGUCUAUAUUGAUAUACCUGUGCCGGAGGUCCAGCAGCGAAUCCAGGAGAAGGGCGACCCACAUGAAAUGAAGGUCACCUCUGCCUAUCUCCAGGACAUCGAGAAUGCCUAUAAGAAGACCUUUCUCCCUGAGAUGAGUGAGAAAUGUGAGGUUUUGAUAUACAGUGCAAGGGACAUCUGAGAUGCAGUAAAGGUGGUAGAGGACAUUGAAUACCUCAAAUAUGACAAAGGACCCUGGCUGAAGCAGGAUGACCAUAGCCUUCACAAACUGCGGAUGCUGGUUCAAGAUAAGUUGGAAGUGCUGAAUUUCACUACUAUCCCUGUGUAUCUCCCAGAAAUUACAGUUGGAGCUCACCAAACUGACCGGGUCUUCCACAAAUUCAGAGAGCUGCCAGGACGCAGAUAUGCCCCAGGGUACAACGCCGAGGUGGGUGACAAGUGGAUCUGGCUAAAGUGAAUGGUGCCCUACACGUGCGCUGCAUCACAGCAGUGAAGAUGCGUCUGCUCUGUGGGCACUGUGCAGGGAGCAGAUGGCUGCAAGUCACACCACAGAAGAGAUGCCCUGGCAGAGGCGGUCUCCCCUUUACAUAGUGAAGUGGCAGAAAGAGAUGCCACUGAGAAGCUUUGGAGCCUCUCGCAUUGCUGGAAUGCUCUGCAGUUCCAGGGGAGACACCUGCGCAGCAGCCCUCUCCCAAAGCCUCACGUCUCCUUGUAGCCCUGGGUCAUGCAGCUUUCAUGCAUUGUUCUUCAGCUCCUGAAAUAAAGCCGUUUC